AUGCAUACUGUCCUCGACAUAAUCCAUGCGGCCGAUAAGGUCUCUGACCAUAUUGGGGAUGCUCAUGCUCGUUCGGGCAGUGCUCCUGACCUUUCGCCUAAAGAGCAUGUUGAAAGCAUCAUCGCCAAGAACCGGGUUCUCAAACUCAUCUCUCGCCAGAUCAAAGAUGUCGAGUCUGCUCUGAAGUCCUCUGUUGCUAUGGAUGCCGCCGACGUCGAACCAGAGCUGGUAGCAAUGGACGUUGCCGACGAUACCAACAAGCCUCCAGGCGAUGUGAUCCGAGAGGGCAUGUCUGGAAAGGAUUCCGGACUUGGCAAGCAGAACCCUUCACUCGAGAAGAUGGCCGAGAACAUCGGACCUAUCGUCGACACCUUCAAAGACAUUCUGACCAAGCCGUACCUGAAGAACUACAACGCAAUGCUCAACACAAUUCCCAUCGUCGGGCUAAAGGGUGACAACAUCAUGUACACCGAAACCAAGAGCCGCGGCGUUCUCGGCGUAGAGGAGGAUUGGUCGGUCUUUGGCCGCAUCCCCGAUAAUGUCAACAUCGACAGCAGCAAAGCCGUUCAUUUCUUCCCUUACAAGGGAGACUUUUGCAUGUCCAUCGGUACCGCCAUCUGGCGCAGGAAACAUCGCGAUGACAGGGACCCCGAGGUCAAGAAGGCAGUUGAUAACUGGCCGAAACUGUACGUCGAGUCCUGGGAAAAGGUUGGCGACAACUGUCUUCCGGUUGGCAACGCCUGGAGUAUCCUCCCGUUUGCACGUCUCUCCGGCAAAGACAUUCGAUUCCAUCUCGUCAUCCUGGGACAGGAUGGUCGCCUGCUAUCUCUGAACGGCGACCUUGCUGGAAGCAACAACUCGUUCACGGAGCUCAAGAACAGCUCCGACGCAAAGAACAAGGCAGCGGCUGCUCUCAGUAUCAAGCAGGCGGCCUACUUCAAUGGAAACAUUGUGGCCUAUGACAGUGGCAGUAACACUUGGAAUCUUGACGUGGAUUUCGAUGCUUCAACCUUCACUGCCGCGGACCAAAUGGCCGUAGACCCACUCUUUGAGCUGACCGCCACUGACAUUGGUCCCGUCGCUGUUCAGAGCGACGGCUGGAUCUAUCGUCGCCGCCUCGAGACGGUCAAUGAUCCAUCAGACAAGACCGCCAAGAACGACAAGAAGGCUGGUUGGCAGCGGUGGAUCCAACAAAAGGGCGUCACGCACCUCGGUGUGGCUUCCCCUGGUGUGAUGUUGGACCUGGAGACACUGACGGGGUCUUUGCGAGACCGUUACAUGGACACUCAGAAGUGCAUUUACCCUGUUGUCAGCAAGCUGCAGACAUUUGCUACCAACCAAGAGCUUUUCCUCAAGAAGCAACUUGAAACGGCUGAAGAGUAUCAGAAGAACGAGGACAGCGCGGCGAAGCAAAAGAUUGCCAUCAAGGAAGCAAAAAAGCUUGUCCUGCAGACGAAGAUCUGGGCCACAAUCAUGCGCAAGCAGUCUAGCUCUGUCAAAGACACCGUCAACGGCAUGGGUACCGAUCUGUCUUCGGUUCGUACUCAGCUCGACCAACAGCUCAUUGUUCUUCGCGAUAAGCUUGUCUCGCUUCAAGCUCAGAUCAAGGCCACAAAGGAAGCCAAGGCAAAGAUGGAUGCUGCCUUCUGGGGUUCCAUUGGUGUUAUGCUUCUCGGCAUCGGUCUUGCAGUUCUCGGCGCUGUGACUGGUGUUGGUGUCAUCGCCUUGGGCAUUGUCGGCGGCGCGUUGUUUGUCGGCGGACUUGUUGCGGCUUGCCACUUUGGCAGCGAGUCGGCAAAGCUUGCUGGGCAGAUCGAGGACUUGGAAGCAGAGGCGAGAGGUGUACAGCAAGCCAUCACUGACAUCAAGUCAGUGGCGGACAGGUUUGGUGACCUCGAGAAGAUGUAUGAGAAUCUUAACAUGUUUUGGGGGCGUAUGUUCAAUGCCGCCUCGAGUCUUGGCGGCAUGAACGAGGCCACAGCGCUCCAGAUUGGCGCGGGCGUUCUUGAGGACACAACAUCCAUCGAGGCUUCGAUCAGUGUUGUGACCAAGAUGAAGAACGGCUGCGCGACCUACCUUGCUGUCUUGAACAGAACCGGCAUCAAGAUUCCCCGAGAUGAUUCUGACGACGACUCGGACAAUGACGACGAUGAAGCCGCCGACGUUGAGCUGCAGUCACUCGAGACUUCGCCCGUCGACCCCGGAUUCAAGAACCUUGUCCUCUUCAACAAGCAGGUCGAUAUCGCCACGCAAGCUUUGGAGAACGAUCAGUUCACCGAAUGGGAAUUGCGCCCGAAGCCGUUGCCCAAGUCUUGGACGAAGCUCGCCAGCGGGAGGGCGCCGAGGCGGCGGACAUAUUCGGUGAUCUUGCCAACUUCGCCCGCUUCACACCUCUCGGCAUGGCCGUCGGAAUGGUCGAAGAGGCUGUGUCACGCGAUGUUGACCUUGAGUCAGCGCCUCAAGAUGAACAGAGGGAAUCAGGUGACAUCUUUGGAAUUUUGGCCGAUUUUGCGAGGGUCAGUCCCGUCGGUAUGA